AUUUUCAGUUUCAUAGUAUUUGUUAUAGCGGUUUUCUCUCUCUCUCAUUUGUUCCGUAACCUCUCAUCUGAUUGGUAUUAAAGUACACACCCUUAGCUUAUUUUAAUAUGGGUCGUUUUAAGAUUAGAAGUCUAAGCAGGAGCCCUAGACCAAAGAAUAAAAAGGAGCACUAUGAGGAAGUUACCCCGGACCAGAUUAAAGGGGAGACCACGGAGGACUCGUGGAAACUAAUAGAUUAUCCAACCAGCAUGUCUGAAUCAGAUACAGAGGAUAAGGAUGACGUGUUUGUGGAAGUACCCUACAUAACCCUAACAAAACACAAAGCAGAGAUCAGACCUACCAACACCAUGCCCCAGGAGCACACUCGCUACUCUAUCUGUACUACUGAGCUCAGAGUGGACAGACCGGACUCGGGGACUAGCUGGGGUGCUAUCUUUGUAGAGAAUUUCGCAAGAGUUGGAAACUCUACAGUUCGAAGUUUGCUGGUGUCAGAUCUGACGGACGAGGGGAUCAUGGAGAAUGCUGGGGUUAAGUGUGGUGACGUGAUAAUAAAGAUAAACGGAGAAGACAUGGCCAGGUGGACCCACGAAGAGAUGCUGGAGGAACUAUACCACGCCCAAAACACCCUGACUCUCACCCUUAUCACCUACCAACACCAGCAGACUAAAUACCUCCUCUUUCUGGACCUGUCACCCGGUGAUAUCACUAAUAUCUGGGCACUUAAUAACUUGGUGUCACUCCACAUUUGUGAGACUAAAAUGAAGAACGGGGUCGUGGAUCUGAGAGGGAUAACGUGUAAAGGAGUUUUACAAGAACUAGCGGUUACUAAGAGCGAGCUGGAUACCAUCAAUGGUAUCAUGGGGUUGGAGCAGUUCACUAAACUGAAGCGGCUCAAUUUAACUCACAACAGACUGUGUUCUCUAGACGAGGACGUGAUGAUGAAACUGAGCUCGUUAGAGGAACUCAGACUUGGGAACAACAAUCUGGACAAGUUCCCCCUGGUCCUGACGGAUAUGAUCACACUCAGAGACCUCUCCUUGGUGUACAAUCUUAUCAGUAGCAUCCCGGAACAGGUCCUCAAGAUGAGAAGUCUGGAGAAUCUUCAUCUGGAUAACAAUUAUCUUUCUGAGAUGCCAGAUUUUGUGACCCAACAGCUGCCGUCUUUGAGAAGUCUGACCUUCUCCAGUAAUCACCUCUCCUGGGACGAGGAUUAUGUUCGGGAAUGUUUUCACCUCAAUCUCAUCGACUUCUCUGGAAAUGGGACUAGAGCGAAGACUGGGUUGGACAAUUUUGGGGUAAUCAGUAGCAGGGCUACUCUCAGAAGAAAGGGGAGGAAUUUAUUGAAGGAACCGUCUUUAUUGAAGAUGGCAUUGGCUCGCUCUGCGUGAUCAGAAUCCUGAUCAGUAUCAGGUGUCGAACUGAAUUUUUUAUAACAGCUUACGCGUAACUAAAAACCGGAUGAAACGGACUCAAAAUAGAAACAAAUAGAACUCGACAUUGAACGCAAUUACUUUAAACAGUUAAACUGUUAAAGCUAAAUAAAUAUUGUAACAGUAAACAAUUUAUUGGGUCACGGCCAAAUGAUAAAACAACGACCAUUUGAUCCAAGAAAGUUGCAGACCAACUACUUAUAAAAUUAUUACUUAUAUAAUUGACUAAUGACUACUUAUACUUUAUUCGAAUCACACAUCCUCAAAGCAAUGGGGGCUUUUGACCACUACCGGGAGGUUUCAGCUCUUAAAUAUCCUGUUUAACUGUUAUGUUAUGUUAAGUGUCCAUUUGUUAAGACGAAUGACUGUUGAUAGUUGUUGCUAUAAACUUAUAAAUAAAAUAUAAUUGUUGGACUUGUGUCUGUAUGGUUAGGAUGUGGCGAUGAAACUGCAUAAUUUUUCGUUAUACGAUUGAAUUUACAGACGAAUUUAAAAUUGGCUGGGCCAUUAUGUGGUUAAACUUAAUCAUUAUAUGUCAGAGACAAAUAUUUACAGAAAGCAAACAUUCAUGAAGGAGUGGAUUGAAGUUAUAUACUUUGCCUACUCGGAAAUUCGUACCAACAAAACCCAACCUGAAGAAGAGAAAAUGACGGAAGGAUUUAACCCGGCUUUGUAUGGCAUGAAGCAGACAUUCUGACAACUUUCAAACACGGACGAAUGGUAUUUAGGCGUGAUAUAGAACUUCAAAGAAAUUAAAAUAGCGAUCAAAUGGCUGCAACGCCGCCCAACAAGCCUCAACAGUGAUGAAAACUAUUGUCCCCCAGAUAGUCUCAUGUAAUCGUCCUAAACACGGAGCCUACGGGAAAGUAGCGAGCUAGCUUCAUCUGUCUCACUCCAGCAUCCAGCCAUGAUUUGUGGAGGAAUCACGUGACUCGCGGAAUAAAAAACGUGACUUUUGCGGGAUCACGUGAUAUUUCCACAGAUCACGUGUUGCAAGAUAGCUUACCUGCGACAUGAAGUUGUAAUUCAUGCUCCGGCGCAGGUGUCACCCGGAUGAAUUAGAAACCUUACCAAUAUUUUGGUUUGACUGAGAUAUCAUGGGGAAUGCACGGUUGAGCUUCUAAGAAUGCGUCAAUCUUGAAUCUCAGAUCAUAGUGACGACUGAUGAAUCCUUUUCAGAUUAAGAUCCUGUCCAGAUAGACCAGAAACCUGACAGUGGUACAAGUUUGGAAUUUAGUGAACUCAUUUCCCAGGUCUGACCUCAGUGUCAGUCUAGGCGGGAUUCAAGCAGCCAAGCGAUCAGAAUUACUGCUUUUCCCAAACAUGUUAUAAACAGCUGUGUUUAAAGAACUAUUUACACCAAUCAAGGGUGACGGCCACAAUGACUGUGUCAGCAAAUAUCCACUAUUCAAAGUGUAAGGAUAUGAGAUAUGUCUCGCCAGAGUAAGUCUUGUAACUUCAGUCUAACAGGCUUGACUACCCAGCCUGAAUACUGAACACUGAGCUGUUGUCUCGGAAACCAAAUCAAUCCAAAAUACUUAUCUCUGAUUGGUCCAUUGUACGCACGUGGGCAACACAAAAGCCUUUGAUUGGCUGUCUAAAGAAGUCACACGACAACACCAGGUAACCAGAUCAAUACCCUGCUCGGUAACAGGAGGAGUCAACCGACAGAGGAAUUGGAAUAAUAAUAACUCAUUUGUAGGAGGACGUUUUAAACCCAUAGCAAACAAUGCUGGGAAGAAGCUGAAAUAUCACCUGUAUAUUUAACUAUACCUCCCUUUAAAUCAGCAUCUUAUUAUCCUUGAACAAUUCAUUUCUGUUAUAAAAUUAUAAAGUAAAAUAAAAUUCAUCGCCUAAGCUGCAUAAGAAAGUAAAACGAACUCCGUGCGUUACUGCUUUAUUGUAAAGGUGGUGGCUUAAAUUAUAUUCAAUCGAAUAAGCAUACCAGUCCUAAAGUUCACGAAGAACUAAAUAAUCUUAAUCAAUGUCAUUUCUGAAGAAGGCAUACCUUAGCUCAAAAAGGUUUGAUUGUAGCACUGAUACUUAAAUGUUUCUUCUGUGUUACUAUUGAUAUAAUUGAGAUCAGUAAUUAUGGCUAUGUCAUUCGUGCUUGCUGUGAUGCAGGUUACAUUUCGAUUACAAAUUAAACGCCAACUGAAUUUCAAAUUACUUCUUUGAGUCAAGCAGACGGGACAAUUUGUAAAGUUCAUAAAUUGUCUAGACAAAGUCUGAGCAGACUUGCAGCACAGACACGGUCGGAAGGUUUCGCUUGCUCC